UCCCCCGAAGCUUCGUGAAAAUUCAGGAAGGCUCCGGCUGUCUCUUUCCGCCGAAGAAGGCGCUCCGCCCCCCGGCACUGUCCCGGCUUCCGGCUGCCUCCUCCCGCUGAGCCGGGCACCGCGCUACCGACCCGGGGGUUAGGGGGGGGCAGGAAGCGCCGCAGUCGCGCCGGAGCCCGCUCCGCCGCCAUGUCGUUGCUCUGCUACAACCGGGGUUGCGGCCAACGCUUCGACCCCGAAACCAACACGGAGGAUGCAUGCACAUACCAUCCUGGUGUGCCAGUCUUUCAUGAUGCACUCAAAGGUUGGUCGUGUUGUAAGAGAAGAACAACAGAUUUUUCUGACUUCCUAAGCAUUGUGGGCUGUACAAAAGGUUUCCAUAAUAGUGAGAAACCUCCUGAGCCUGUUAAGCCAGAAGUAAAAACUACCUCUGAACGAAAGGAGUUGGCUGAACUGAAACCAAAGUUUCAAGAACACAUAAUUCAGGCACCAAAACCAUUGGAAACCAUUAAAAGGCCCAGCCCAGAUGAGCCAAUGACAAAUUUGCAGCUGAAGGUGUCAGCUUCCUUGAAGCAAGCACUGGAUAAACUGAAACUGUCAUCAGAAAACGAAGAGAAAAAAGAGGAAGACGGUGAUGAAAUCAAGGUUGGCACGACAUGUAAAAAUGCAGGCUGUUCAAAAACUUACCAAGGACCACAGAGUACAGAAGAAGUGUGUAUAUACCAUUCUGGUGUACCUAUAUUCCACGAAGGGAUGAAGUAUUGGAGUUGUUGUAAAAGAAAAACAUCUGACUUCAAUACAUUUUUAGCUCAAGAAGGCUGCACAACAGGAACACACGUAUGGACUAAAAAGGAUGAGGGUAAGAAAGUAGUCCCUUGCAGACAUGAUUGGCACCAGACUGGAGGGGAAGUGACUAUUUCUGUAUAUGCUAAAAACUCUGUUCCUGAUCUGAGCUAUGUAGAAGCAAACAGCACAAUUGUAAAUAUCCAUAUUGUAUUUGAAGGAGAAAAGGAAUUUCAUCGCAGUGUGAAAUUAUGGGGAGUAAUUGAUGUUAAGAGGAGUUACGUGAACAUGACUGCUACAAAGAUUGAGCUUACUAUGCGGAAAGCAGAGCCCCUAUUAUGGGCAAGUCUUGAAUUACCAGUAUCUAACACACAACAGAAAAAUGAGAAUUCAAAUCAACAAUGAUUCUAAGAGACAAGUUAUUUCCCAUUAUGAAGUGGUGACUUGCUACUGUAAUGAAGUAUUUAAAUUUUAUAUAGGAUCUUUUUUUUUUCUUUUUUAAAUAAGCUAGAUCAUAUCUUCCAUCCCACAAAGAAAUUUGAUGCACAGUAAAUGGGGGUGUAAACUUGACAGGUUAUAGCUAUUUCUGCUCUUACUUCCAUGACUAUAUUUGUUCCAGUUGGAGUGUUGUCUCCUUGGGGACUUAAGAGUCUAAAGAGCUAUUGCCCCUUGAACCUUAUCUACCAUGCACUGACUGUCCAUAUUGAUCUGUUUUCAGUCCACUGUGUGUGCUAAUUUUUCAAGUGUUCAGUUUAGACUCAAUCUGCUGGGUGGCACGUGUUAAAUUCAGCACUGCAAACAGGAAUGCAGGAACAAAACUCAGUGUAUUAAAAGAUUAGCAUGCAAUUCUACAUCUAGAAUAAAAAUGUGCAUGAACAUGAAUAUGAAAGAGCACUUACAGAACUCUUGCAUUUUUGUUUUCUGAAAGUAAGGUUUGUUGCAAUACCUGUUCCCUGUGGAGGGAUGGAAUAAAUGGUAUUUUGGUAGGGAUAUCAGUACUUGCUGACUCUUUUGCUAUCUGUCAUGCAUAAAAGCAGGAUAUCAUAUUAAAGUAAAAAAAAAAAGUUGGCAAGAAGGAAUUUAUUUUUUUUACUCCUGUACCUUUAGUAUUUGAAUUGUUAAAUAUAAAAUUGAAUGGUCAGUGAAAUAAAUGACUGACUAAUAACAUUUUACCUGUGAAGAAUAUGUGAACAGCAGACUAAUGUAGAAUGACCAAAGGGCUGUAUAUAUUUGAGAGUCUUUAGAAUGUCUAUUCUGUCCUAUUCUACAACAUUCAAAAUUAUGAAUCUUUUUUCAAAGGAGGUGGAUAUGUGUAGUGGGAGAAGCCAGUACAUGGUGUGUCUCAGGAAAAUAAUUUCUUUGUGGAUAUGCAUAGCUCUUGUUUCUGAGGAUGGUAAUCUAAGAACUAAAUUUAUCUACAAGACAAAUAUUAAGAGAAACAAACAAAAAGCUUUAAAAUGUCUGUCUAAAUAAUAGUACCUUUAGCUAAAGUUUUUUAAAAUAUUAUUUAUUUUGAGCAGUGUAAGGGAAACAUUGUAAUUAGGAAUGAGAACAUUGUUUUCAGUUCUCCAUCAGUAAAUACUUGUGGCUGAAAACAUGAUAGUUUUAAAGAUGAGACUUCUGUCCAAGCAACAACUCAUGCAUGUUGCUUUCUCUUUCUGCUUGAAAUACUUUCUCAAGUUCAGGCCACUGCCAAAGGAAAAGCAAUGUUUUGGUAUAUGUCAUGGAAAAUGUACACCAAAACCUAUCUGUGUAAACAAGCAGUCCUGUGCACAGCUGAAAUGCAUGGAUGCUCAUCAACCUACCUUGGUAGACCUGGAAUAAGACCAAGAGAAACAUAGAUCACAGUUAAAGCAUUUUGAAGUAUGGAUUUCAAAGACUCUUACUGUGUUCCAAAAGCAGGUAUUAUAACCUAGAAGAUCCCUUCCAAGCCAAACAAUUAUAUGAAUUAAUUUGAUUUGAGCAUGGAGUUCUUUCUCUAGCAGUUCUUGAAAUCAUACUUCAUGCUUUAAGUAGUAGGAAAUAGAGUAGCAAAGAAACCAUCCCCAAACUCCAAGAAAGUAACAUCAGCACUAUAUUUAUGAAAUUUGUUUCAGUGCUUUUUUUGCCAUUGGUUCAAAUUCCUGUUUCACUGACUUGGGGAAGUGUGGUUACUUACUCUUUAAACCCCCUAUUAAAAACCUCCAGCUCUAAGUUAUGCUUAAGAGAUCCUAUUAACUUCUAAUAAUGCUUUCUUUCUUUUUUUUUUUUUUCUUUUCUUUUCUUUUUUUUUUCUUUUCUUUUUAAUACAUUUGAAAAUAUCUACUGCAGUGCAUAUGAAAAGAUAAUUAGGAUAUUCACUGCAGUGGCAGUGUGCAAGCUUACAAAAGCAUGUGCCUGCAAAUAGUCCUCUAAAAACUGAACAGUUGUUUCCUGAUGUGCUCUGAACCAGCAAGGAGAGCUCAUGUUACUGUAAUAGAGCAAUCACUUCAGUGGGUGAAAAAUUCUAGCUGGCUGUAGCUAGGAACAUGGCAUCUGUGUUUAGUGUGCAGAACUCUGAACUUGGACUGUAAAAUGAGUAGUGUUUAAAUGGCAGAAUAAAGUUCUAAUUUAAUGAACAAGUUGUCUAUCCAUAUGGAUAUAAAAAUACCUUAAAUAUAUUGAUUUCUACAUUCUUAAUACAUUUUCAGUUCAUUUGCAUCCUAGCAUGCAGUAAGUUUACAUCAUGUAAAAUCCACUUAAAAGACCUACAAGGGAAAUUGUAUUUCUUGGGAAAAUAGAAUUUUUUAAGCAAGUCAUCUGCUCCCUUAGUUUACUGAAGGCUAAAUUGAGAAAAAUGUGGCCAAAUGGACCCUUUGAUGUUAGUGCAGGCUUUGGGACCCCGUAACUUUGUUACACUCUUUCAAACUACAUUCUGCUGGUGGGCAGGUCAACUUGAUGAUAGUGGAAGAAAGUCCCUGUAAACAUUGCCCUCAUUUUUGAUUUUGCUUUUUUUAAAAUUCUUGCUUUUCUUGUUCAUACUUUCAGUAGAAAGUUAAAGAUAUCUCAGGAGUUCCAUAACGACUUUCACCAUUAGUGACAAUAAAACUGCUUUUAAAAUUCAGUUGUUUAAAAAAAAAAAAAAAAAAACCAAACAAACAAAACCCAAACAAAUAAAAAAAACCACCAAGCACAACAUCCCAGCUUUUAACAGACAAGACAGUAUAGGGUAUAGGUUUUACAAAUAACCUGGUUUUCUGUAUCCUGUGAUAUUUUUUAAAAUAAAAGAAAAAAACUGCAUCCACCAUGAAGCUGCAAAAGCUGUAUAACUUACUGAAUUUGAGUGCUUUGAGCAGUUGCUCAGAACAGUCUCCAACACAUCAAUUUUUGAUCCUGGUAUUUCAUGAAAAGAUGUCUUGACAUGGAUAGUGGUAGUUGACACUUCAGUGGCAAUUUGGGAUUUUUUUUGGUAAUGUCUGUUGUUAAGGGAAAUCCAACUGUAGUGAACCAAACCAAUUACAAUUCUUCUCAAAAGCUAUGUUGAAAACCUAACAAAGGGAUUUUUAAUUACUUAGACCGUAUAAUAAAAUUUCAAACAAGUAUCUACUGUAAUAAUAGCAGUUAAAUUUACCCCUUUUUUCAUGUUUUCAGAAGUUGUGUGACUUGCUGCAUUCUAGGUAUAUUUUCCAAGUAAAGGGUCUUUUAAAGCUGGUUCAGUUUACAUGUUACACAUAUUGACAGUGUAUUACAUAGCUCAGAACUGACUGUCAAGACGCAUAUAAAACUUGUCCUUCACAGUCCUUUUCUGAUCUGAAAAAUAGCAUGGAUAUACAAAUGUAAUCCUUUCAUCCAUGUAUAAGCCCAUUUUUCUACCUAGCAUUACAUAUAUGUGUAAAAACAUUUCUUGGAGCAGUUGGAAUUUCUUUUUAAUGUUAAUAAAUUGUUAAGCACGGGGCUGUUCUGCUGCUCAGACUUCUAUGUUUUACAUGGCACUGAUGUAACUUGACAAAAAGAACUUCCAUUGGAUGAUCUUCUGGAACAUGUACAUUAUCAAGUCACCAUUUCAGUAGUUUAGGGAUUAGUUUUACUAGGAAUUUUGCCUUGGAAAAAAAAUCUACUUAUUCUAUGUAAUGGUGCAUUUUUUGCUUGCAUUCUUUACACAUGGCAUGAGUAAUGGCUAAAUACUGUACCUCUUAAUCAUUAGUCUUUCUCUAUUGCUACAAAAAUUAUUUUAAUCUCUGUUCAGGAAUGAGAUCCUUUCUAAUGAGUUAUGUGUCUGGAACACUGUUUUCAGGUGGUAGUACUUUUGCCAUUAUAAGAGUCUUGAAUUGCAGCUGAGCAGGGAGGUGUCUUUUUGCAUGGUUGUUUGAUUCUGCACAAGCCUAAAACUUAUAUACAGAAAUUGAUCUCACAUCUUCAUGCUCUAGUUUUUGGUUUUUUUCUAAAUGUACUCAAUAAAAUUCUUAUUACA